GAGGCAGAGAGGAAGAGAUGCAGCACCUGUGCACGAUCACUCGAGGAGAAUGAUAAUAAUUUAAAAAAAAAAAAAAAACAGAGAGAGGAGUUGAAGAAUUUGUGAGCAUGGCGGUUCAGUAUCACAUCUGAGAAAAAUCUCCUGCGGCCAGCUCGUCGUCAACAAGGUCAAUCCUCCGGUCUCCGUUGGUGCCAUGGCUGACCCAAGCUGGUGGAAGCUGACCUUCUCGCGCAAGAAGAAAUCUGAAUCUAAGGUUCUGUAUGAGAUCCCGGCGGAGUAUGGUAGUAACGCCGGGAACAAAGAGCACUCGGGCAGUAACCCCCCUCCCGACCACAGGGACAGCCAGUUCAAUGCCAGGCUGGAGAAGAUCGUGGACAAAUCCGCCACCAAGGGCCGCCACGUCAAGGUCUCCCACUCCGGUCGCUUCAAGGAGAAGAAGAAGGUCCGCGCCACGCUGGCCGAGAACCCAAAUCUGUUCGCAGAGCACAGCCUCAGUGACAAGAGCCAUAAAAAAAAGACUGACAAAUAGCGCACGUGCUCCCGAAAACGUAACCACCAAAAUAAACAUACUUGAUCACGAAUGUGUCAUAUAUCGGUGUCGCGCUUAAUGAGAGCUUCGACAAAGGCUAAGAUAGACGAAAACACAGCCACGUGGCACCACAUGUGCAGUGGGCAAGGUGGAUAAACACUUGUUACCAUGCACCACACCCAGGUAGAUACUGUAACCAGGGAAAUCACACCUAUACAAACAACUGGUAUCAGCAGACAGCCCAUUAGUCAGACUGGAGGCUAAAACCAAGUACAGGGGACAUUUUUCUUUGGAAUUGUGAAAUGUUUUACUCCGAAAACUGAACAUGAAAACUCUCUAUAACUUCCUCGUGCUCAAACUGUUGUUAUGUGUCGUUAAGUAUGAUCACUGACGUGGAGGGAAAGUAAAAAAAAAAAACUCUGCCUAACCUCAGGCAUCUUCAUCCUCACGAUUUAAAGGCAACGUUGUAGUAAUUAAAGUUUUUAUUUUUAUUAUCACGGAUGUAGAGUUUUUGAAUUAAACUUCCUUUUCUUUUUUUUUUUAUGUGUUAUUCAAUCGGAGCACAAUAUGUCUGUGUGGUGUGCAACCAAAGAACAGUAAAUUUUUAUUACAUAUUUAUGACCAAAGCAACUAGAGACUUGAGUUUAACGACUGUGUCUGAGACAUUGGUGAUACUCCACAGGUAAAUUAGAAAAACGCCGUUGAUAUGAUCUUUUCUGGAAUCCUUACGAAAAAAAAAAAA